CAUUAUUUAGGGAAAUGCAUGUCUUCAAAUUUAAAAUAAUAAAUAUUUCUUCGUCUGCGAGGCGGCUAUACUGUAUAAAGACUGUAGAAAGUCAAAAUACAGAUCUCAUAAGAGAUUUGAUGCUUCUAAGUUCAAAGUAAAACGUCUGAUUUUUUUUUUUGCUUAAAGAUCUGUAAAUAAUGAAUUUUUGUGUGAUAGGAAGAUCAGAAACAUUGUGGUUGAUUGACAUAUGUGUAUUUUGGGACACCUGAAUCUGUUAAAUUCCGCUACUUCCAUUGUUGUGAUUAACCUCUUCUCAUCAAACUGAAAAAUCCUGUCUUUUUUCACUGCAACCACCAGAAAUUUGUUGCUUGCUCCAUAUGUUGAAAAUGAAUAAGUCAAGUAUAUACAGUAAAAUUUAUAUAACAGUGGUAUGAACAAGAUGAUGGCUUAAGAGAUAAGGAUGUAAUAACAAAUAAGUCAAAGACGGAGAUUCUUUAUAUAGUAUACAGAAGAAACUAAUCAGCAAUGGCAGAAGGAGCAGCAUCACCGACAACAAGGUUUCAGUUACGCGCCUUGUUACUUUUCAUCAGCACUGCAGCAGUCUUGUGUCAAGGCAUCAGCAGUGAGUUGCUGGGGGCAAAAAAAGUCAGCUGCGACACAAAUAAUAAUAAAGCAGCUCUGUUUGUGUUCGGGGAUUCACUCUAUGAUCCUGGUAACAACAACUAUAUAAGCACAACCAACACCGAUUUCCAGGCUAAUUUCUGGCCCUAUGGCGAAUCGUUUUUCUCCCAACCCACAGGAAGAUUCUGCGAUGGCCGCCUCAUUCCUGAUUUUAUUUGUGAGUACGCAGGAUUGCCGUUAAUUCCACCGUAUCUGCAACCUGGGAAACAUCAAUUUGUUUAUGGAGCCAAUUUUGCCUCUGGCGGAGCUGGUGCCCUGGAUGAAACUUAUCCUGGAUUGGUGGUAAACCUCAACACACAGCUGAAACAGUUCAAGAAUGUAGCAAACAAACUGAAGCAGCAGCUAGGAGAUGAAGAAGCUUCAGACCUGCUUUCCCAGUCUGUUUAUAUGAUCAGCAUCGGAGGCAAUGAUUACCUGAGCCCUGCCCGAGGAGACUCCCAACAAUCAUACACUCAAGAACAGUAUAGGGGCAUGAUCAUAGGAAACUUGACCUCUGUCAUUAAAGGCAUAUACAAGACUGGGGGAAGGAAAUAUAGUUUUCUUACCUUACCACCCUUGGGUUGUUGGCCAAGCGUAAAGGCACAAAAUGCAGCGAAUAAAACAUAUAGCGGAGACCUCUGCAACAAAGAUCUAGCAGCACUGGUACAAGAACAUUCUGAAGCAGUUUCAGAGAACCUGGAGAAGUUAGAGAAGGCCUUGGAAGGGUUUAAGUAUUCCUUCUUUGAUUUGCACACUACUUUUAAUGACAGAAUGAGUAACCCGUCAAUAUACGGUUUUAAGAACGGGGACAGUGCAUGCUGUGGCAGCGGUCCGUAUAGAGGAGUCUAUAGCUGCGGUGGGAUGAGAGGGAUCAAAGAAUAUGAACUCUGCGAAAAUGCCAGUGAGUAUUUGUUCUUUGACUCUAACCAUCCCAGUGAAGUGGCUUACCAGCAAUUAGCCAAGCUAAUGUGGGAAGGAAGUGCUAGCGUUACAGGUCCCCACAACCUCAAGUCAUUUUUCCAUGUGUCGAAGUCGAGCUAGUUAACAUGUAUGCAAUCAUUCUCUUUUAAGAAACAAAACUGAAUGUACUUUUCCGUUCACUUGCCGAAAAUAAAACCAUAUGUAAUGACAGUAAAUUAGUUUGCCUUGCACCAAAAAUAAAAAACAAGCUAGAUAGAGGGUUGUGUAAA